GAAAUUAUAUAUAUACACCUCUUCCCAUCCAAAACCACACCUCUUCCCAUUCGAACCAGUUAUAUUAGCGUACGGAUUAAGCUUCAUAAAUAUCCAAAUAUGGCUCAAAAUUCCGAAAACAAGUCCAUGACAAUGUUCACUCCGAUUGCGGAAAUCAACCGCGAUAAGAAUUCUUGGAUUCUCAUGUUGAGGGCUAUUCGGGUUUACUUCGUUCCUAAAUGGGCGAAAGGUGGAGAUUCCAUGGAGAUCGUCUUUCACGAUGAGCAUGGAACGAGGAUUCACGCACAUCUUGCUCGAGAGGAAAAAGAGAAGUUUGAAACGCAAAUCAUUGAAGGUACUGUCACUGUCUCUACUGCGUUUCAUGUUACAAAGAUGCUGUUCGAUGGUAAUUUUGAUGAGGUCACUGAAUUUAGAGCCAGGUUGCCUCCACAGGUGGACGAAGGUAGUAUCGUUCUAAGCGGUGGAGCAUAUGGGGAAGAAGUGUUAGAAUAAUAGACCAACGCUAGAGGGGGGGUGAAUAGCGUUUGAUCGGAGAAAUCGCAAGAAUUAAAAAUUAAACGAGAAGUAAAGAGAAGAGUAAAAGGCACACCGAAUUUUACCCUGGUUCACCACAACUUGUGGCUAAUCCAGCCUCCCGAGAGACUCUCUCGAGCUACACCACUAUCUCGUUAAGCUUGCGGGUGCUUAAUAAACCGUUACAACUUGAGAGUUCGAGUCACACGAACCUCAACGAACCCUUCAAAGGAAACAGACCUUCCUUUGAAUCAACGAGAGAAAUACUUUCUCUCAACGUGUCUAAGAACACAAGUACACUCAAGAACGAGACUCUCUUGUAGAGUAGAUUAUGAGUAAACUAAGUACGCUCAAGAACAACUCAACCUUCACACACAAAUGGCUCUAGAAAGCUAUGGAAAAUUAUGAUAUUUGAAUGCAAUGANGGGUGCUUAACAAACCGUUACAACUUGAGAGUUCGAGUCACACGAACCUCAACGAAUCCUUCAAAGGAAACAGACCUUCCUUUGAAUCAACGAGAGAAAUACUUUCUCUCAACGUGUCUAAGAACACAAGUACACUCAAGAACGAGACUCUCUUGUAGAGUAGAUUAUGAGUAAACUAAGUACGCUCAAGAACAACUCAACCUUCACACACAAAUGGCUCUAGAAAGCUAUGGAAAAUUAUGAUAUUUGAAUGCAAUGAAAGUAUGGAUGUUGU